CCCUCAACCACCUCCUCACCACCAUCUACUUCCUCUGUUACAUGCACAGUAGACCCAUCUAAGCCUACUACAGUUUCAACUCUCUCAACACACACUCUUUUACAUGCCACACUCAUAUCUAAAUCACCCCUAACCUCUAUGCUAUCAGUACUAGAGGUGUUCAUGCUUAUGAUAAGGUCUUGGUCAUCUUGACAGCGCCUCUUGCUACCCGCCGUACUUUCAAGCAGGGCAGCAAAGGCCGCCUUGCAAACCCAUCAAUUCAUGUCCUAUGCUUGAGGAUGGUUGGUUUCCUCGUGUGUUUUCUCUGUUGCUUCAACCCACUCCCCCCACUCUGCCCGCCUGCCAGGCAACACGCCGUCGCUGCCCACUUCCUCCAUCGCUAUCUCUCUUCCUCAUCUCAUGGAUGUACCAUCUUCUUCCGAGCGCCGGCUUCGCUCCGCGCCAUCCACCGACGAGGACGCCGGCCACCACCGCGAAGGGCACCGGUAGGACGGACCCUGCGCUGCGCCGCGACUGCAUUCCUCUCACCCUCACCCCGGUCUCCGGCAUUGUUGCGAGAAGAGAACCCCCACGGCCUGCUACCAGGAGAGUGGAAACUGCAUGUUUCGAUUUACAGGAUCUGCUCCUAAGCCUGGAAAGGAAGUUCAGUCUAGUUCCAAGUUGGGCUGAGUGUCUGACAUUCGCCGCCGGAGGAAGGAGCAAGACCUCCUAAUCUGCGGCAAUGCCACGCGUCCGACCCGGCUCGUCCUCCAGCACCGUCUCCUCACGCGCCAACCAGCUGCUAAACAAACUCAAGGAUCAUCUGGGCUCUGGGACGCUCCAGCCGGAGCGCGCACACCAACUGUUCGACAAAUUGCUGCGCCAAACCGUUCCGGUAUCAGCGUUCGCACUCAAUGGCUUAUUUGCCGCCCUCGCGCGUGCGCUGCCCUCCGCUGCCUGCACCGACGGCCCUGCUCUAGCCAUUGCUCUCUUCAACCGCAUGGCUCGAGAGGGCCGCCGGGUGAUAGAGCCCAACAUUUACACCUACAACAUACUAAUUGACUGCUGCUGCCGCUCGCGCCACCCUGACCUAGGUCCCGCCUUCUUCGGCUUCCUCCUCAAGACAGGCAUCAAGGCGGACAUCAUCACCUUCAACAGCCUAUUGAAGUGCCUCUGUGACAUGAUGCAGAUGGAGGAGGCCCUCAACAUGCUGCUCUACAGGAUGCCUGAGCUGCCUGAUAGCAUCUCCUACUCAAUAAUUAUUAAGAGCUUAUGUGACAAUGGGAGGAGCCAAUGUGCACUUGACCUGCUCCGGAUGAAGGCCAAAAAGGGAGCUGACCACUACCCUGGAUUGGUGGCAUACAACAGGGUAAUCAAUGGCUUAAUUAAGGAGGGUGAACUAAGCAAAGCAUGCUCUCUAUUCCAUGAAAUGAUGCAGCAGGGGGUCGUGCCUAAUGUGGUGACGUAUAGCUCCAUUAUCGAUGCAUUGUGCAAAGCAGGAGCAAUGGACAAGGCAGAGGUGGCCCUUCGACAAAUGGUUGGUAAUGGUGUUCGACCGGAUAUUUUUACAUAUACUAGCCUGAUCCAUGGAUAUUCCAUUUCAGGCCAGUUUGAAGAGGUCGUUAGGUUGUUGGAAAAAUUGAGAAGUCAAGGUGUCAAACCAACUGUUUUUACCUGCAACACAGUCAUGGACUACCUUUGCAAGCAUGGAAAAAUCAAAGAAGCUGCAGAAUUUUUUUAUUCCAUGCCUGAGAAGGGCCAUAAACCUAAUAUAGUGUCAUACUCUAUUAUGCUUUAUGGGUACGCUAAAGAAGGAUCCCUUGUUGAAAUGACUGAUCUCUGUGAGCUGAUGGCAAGAGACGGUAUUGUACCCGAUCUCCAUUGUUUAAACAUACUGAUUAAUGCAUAUGCUAAGUGUGGAAUGAUGGAUGUAGCUAUGCUUUUCUUCAAAGACAUGUUGAAGCAGGGAGUGAACCCUGAUGAAGUCACAUAUUUAGCUGUGAUAACCGGGUAUUGCAGAGUGGGCAUGAUGGAUGAUGCUAUGGAAAAAUUCAAUGAGAUGAUCGAUAUGGGAGUACCACGUAACUCAACUGUUUACAGGUGCAUGAUUCAGGGUUACUUAAAUCAUGGUGAUUUCUUGAAAGCAAAGGUAUUGACUACUGAAAUGAAGACCAAGGGUAUCCAUCCUAGACCACGGAAAAGCCAAAGAAUUGAUUCAGGGUACCUCAUGACACAACUAUUUACAGGUGCAUGAUCCAGGGCUAUUUUCGUCAUGGUGAUUCAAAGAAUUGGUUACCGAAAUGAAGAACAAGAAUAUUGGUCAUAGGCUGCAGAGGGGUAAUGGUAAUGGAAGGAUACAUUAUCUUUGACUUGGUUAAACCCACUGGUGAGAGGCCUGAUGCUAUUACAUUUACUUCAGUUACCAGUGGAUAUUUCCUAGUUGCCAAGAUGGAAGAAGCUUUCAGAAUACCUAAUGCUAUGGUACCGGUUGGUGUGAGGCCUAGUUUAAUUAUGCAGCACUUCUCGGUGGCUGUUGCAAAAAUGGAAGAAUCGAUGCUGGGCAAAAGUGUUAGCCUGUAUCUUACAAUUUAUGUUUCUGGCAUCAUAUUGGAUGGAGAACUUUGUUGCAUUAUUUCAA